CCUCCUCCUGGACUGGCGGAGCGAGUGGAGGAGGCUGCAGCCCCCGGCUCCGGCUCCAGCUCCGGCUUCGGCUCCGGCUCCCCGUCACCGCCCCUUCCCCGAGCGGGAUGAGCUCCCGGAAAGUGCUGGCCAUUCAGGCCCGAAAGCGGAGGCCGAAGAGAGAGAAACAUCUGAAAAAAAAUCAAGCAGAAGAUUGAGCUGCUGAUGUCAGUUAACUCUGAGAAGUCGUCCUCUUCAGAAAGGCCGGAGCCGCAACAAAAAGCUCCCUCUGUACCCCCUCCACCACCACCACCUCCACCACCACCUCUACCAGAACCAGCACCACCAGAACCAGAAGAGGAAAUUCUGGGAUCUGAUGAUGAAGAGCAAGAAGACCCUGCAGAUUACUGCAAAGGAAAGAUCUUCUAUCAAUGUUUUUAUACACGUGGCUACCAUCCAGUGAAAAUCGGAGACCUUUUCAAUGGCCGCUACCAUGUUAUUAGAAAGCUAGGAUGGGGACACUUCUCUACAGUCUGGCUAUGCUGGGAUAUGCAGGGAAAAAGAUUUGUGGCAAUGAAGGUUGUAAAAAGUGCCCAGCAUUAUACAGAGACAGCCUUGGAUGAAAUAAAAUUGCUCAAAUGUGUUCGUGAAAGUGACCCAAGUGACCCAAACAAAGACAUGGUUGUACAGUUAAUUGAUGACUUCAAAAUUUCAGGCAUGAAUGGCAUACAUGUAUGUAUGGUCUUUGAAGUACUUGGCCAUCACCUCCUAAAGUGGAUAAUCAAAUCAAACUACCAAGGUCUUCCUAUCCAUUGCGUAAAAAGUAUAAUUCGACAGGUUCUGCAGGGUUUAGAUUAUCUACACAGCAAGUGCAAGAUUAUCCAUACUGAUAUCAAGCCAGAAAACAUUUUGAUGUGUGUAGAUGAUACAUAUGUACGUAGGAUGGCGGCAGAGGCCACAGAGUGGCAGAAAGCAGGUGCUCCUCCUCCUUCUGGCUCAGCAGUGAGUACUGCUCCACAACAAAAGCCUAUAGGAAAAAUAUCUAAAAACAAAAAGAAAAAACUGAAAAAAAAACAGAAAAGGCAGGCAGAGCUGUUGGAAAAACGCCUUCAGGAAAUAGAAGAACUAGAGCGAGAAGCUGAAAGGAAAAAAAUAGAAGAAAACAUCUCUUCAACUAUACCCACGAAUGAUCAGGAAGAUGAAUACCACCCAGAAGUCAAACUAAAAACAGCAGGAUUAAAGGAGGCAGCUGAUGAAGAACCUGCAAAUGACGAUGGUGAAACUGAAGAUCAAGAGGAGAAAGAAGACACUGAAAAAGAAAACACAGAAAAAGAUGAUGAUGAUGUUGAACAGGAACUUGCCAACACAGAUCCUACAUGGAUAGAAUCCCCCAAAACAAAUGGCCAUAUUGAAAAUGGCCCGUUCUUGUUGGAACAACAAAUAGAAGAUGAAGAAGAUGAUGAAGAAGAGUGCCCAAAUCCAGAGGAAUAUAAUCUUGAUGAGCCGAAUGCAGAAAGUGAUUAUACAUAUAGUAGCUCCUAUGAACAAUUUAAUGGUGAUUUGCCAAAUGGACGGCAUAAAAUUCCUGAGUCACAGUUUUCAGAGUUUACAGCUUCAAUGUUCUCUGGGGCUUUAGAGUCUGUGGCUUGUGGCUCUGCAGUUUCAGAUGGAUCAGCUCUAACUGAGCAAGAAGAAAACAGUCCAUCUCAUGACAGGAGCAGAACAGUUUCAGCAUCCAGUACUGGGGAUUUGCCAAAAACAAAAACCCGGGCUGCUGAUUUGUUGGUGAAUCCCCUGGAUCCAAGAAAUGCAGAUAAAAUUAGAGUUAAAAUUGCUGAUCUGGGAAAUGCUUGCUGGGUGCACAAGCACUUCACAGAAGAUAUUCAGACUCGUCAAUAUAGAUCCAUAGAAGUUUUAAUAGGAGCUGGCUACAGUACACCUGCUGAUAUAUGGAGUACGGCUUGUAUGGCGUUUGAGCUUGCAACUGGAGAUUAUUUGUUUGAACCACAUUCGGGUGAAGACUAUUCCAGAGAUGAAGACCAUAUAGCACACAUCAUAGAGCUUCUAGGCAGUAUCCCAAGGCACUUUGCUCUAUCUGGAAAAUAUUCUCGGGAAUUCUUCAAUCGCAGAGAUCACAUAGCAUUGAUCAUUGAACUGCUGGGGAAAAUCCCUCGAAAAUACGCUAUGUUGGGAAAAUAUUCCAAGGAGUUUUUCACCAAAAAAGGAGAACUACGGCAUAUUACGAAGCUGAAGCCCUGGAGCCUCUUUGAUGUGCUUGUGGAGAAAUAUGGUUGGCCUCAUGAAGAUGCUGCACAGUUUACAGAUUUCCUGAUCCCAAUGUUAGAAAUGGUUCCAGAAAAAAGAGCUUCAGCUGGAGAAUGCCUUAGGCAUCCUUGGUUGAAUUCUUAGCAGAAUCUCCAAAUAUAACAUUCUGAGCUAGCAAAUAUUUUCCAGUACAUCGGACCUAAAUGGUGACUCUCAAAUUCUUUAACAGGAUUACAAGUGAGCUGGCUUCAUCCUCAGACCUUUAUUUUGCUUUGAGGUACUGUUGUUUGACAUUUUGCUUUUUGUGCACUGUGGUCCUGGGAAGGGUAGUCUUUUUGUCUUCAGCUAAGUAGUUUACUGACCCACUCUCUUCUGGAAACACUUAAUACCUUGUCUUUAAACAUUGUUUCUUGUGUUGUGUGGCAUUCAAAUGUCAUUUUCUUGAACGAAAAAUACUUUCCCCCUCUUUGUGUUUCGGCAGGUUUUGUAACUAUUUAUGAAGAACUCUUUUAGCUGAGUAUUCUAUAAUUUACACGCUUAAGAAAUUAUCAAGUUGGAAUCAAGAAAGACAUGGCAAGGAAAUGUAAUUUUAAUCUGCUGGCAAAGGGAUAUCAUUCUUGUAUUAUAGUAUAUGUAAAUGUAACCUGUAAAUGUUUCUUUCCAUUAAAUUUGGGAUGGGACUCCAAUUUCAGAGUAAAGCUACCAAGUUUUGAGUGAUUUUGUAGCCUCUAAGUUGCAUGUAGCAGACAUCAGCUGCUUUGAAGUUAUAUGGACUUCAGAUUCCUUAGCGAUUCUUUUUACAUUGGAUUUUAAACGAAGCAGCUCUCAUUUACAAGAUUUCUUUCCCCAUAUGGCACUUUAACAGAAGGCAAGACUUAUUUCUCAUUCUAAAACAUGGAUUACAUACUUGCGCUCCCAUUGGAUAUUUGCAUUUUUUUUAAAGUGCUUUUAAGGAAAAAUAGCAUUUUCCCUUAUAAUGUGAUAACAUGCUACAAUGUGGUAUUUAUUUCUGCCUACAAGCACUGUUGAACUAUACGCAGGUUAGAUUGAGCAAAGGAAACAUUUCUACAUGUGCAAAGAAAAUUAUGUUUGAAAGAGUAUUCUAUAUCUAAAAAGCAAGGGGUAUAGUAUAUACUUUGCAAUGCAAUGGACAGAGAAAAAAAAAAAAACCCCAAUCUCAGAAGUCAGAGAUCACUGUUCAUUCUUCAUGUAGAGCUUUACACGUUUAACAACAAAUUGCACUAGUUUUUUGUCUUUCCAUAAACCCGAGUACAAAGAAAAUGAUUUCCCCUUUGCAAAUUGCAGUUUGGUUUAUGCGUGUAGGAUCCAGGACACAACCGUAGUAGGCAAUACAGAUUUUAGAAUGUUAAUAUAGAGGUAUUUUGCCUCUUUUAGAAGUCAGUGGGAUGAAUGUAAUUUUUUUCCAGUUUUACACAUUAAUUAUGGUGCCACUUUUUCUUGACUUUGUCCAUUUAAAUUUAUUCACAUGCCUUUGCAAUAACUAGAUUGUGAAAAGAUACCCAAGUGUUGUAACAAUAACCUAUUGUUUGAGGUGCUUGCAGUUGUCUAAUUAAUUAAAGUGUUUUGUUUUUUUUUCAGA